GCGGCGGGCGCGGGGCGGUAGCGAGCCUGCCGCCUGCCCGCCGGCCCUCCCCCACGCGCGCCCGCCCCCUCCGCCUUUUAGGAGGCGGGAGAGGUGGGCCGGCUGCCCCCUCGCAGGGGAUGGCGGCCCCGGGCCCUCCGCAGCUCCCGUGGCUGCGGGCCGGGCUGGAGGUCGCGCUGCGGGUGCCCAGCCUGUUCCUCAUCGACGCCAUCUUCAACUCGUCCCCGCUGCCGGGGGGCUCCCUGUGCGCCGCGCUCCUGGGCGUGCUACUGCGGCUGCUGGGUGUCUUUGUGUCCAGUGUUGUUCUGGUCUUACAACAGCGAGCACUUUUCAAGUUUUAUAUGAUCGCCUCGGCGUUUCUGCUGGCUGUGACAUCAGUGUUGGUGAAUUACUAUGCUUCUUUGCACAUCAACUUCUACAAUGCCUACUACACAGCUGCGUUUGGAAUUCAGAUCCUCCCUCAUAAAGGACCUUCACUAUGGAUGGCACUGUCCAUCCUUCAGCUUACCUUCGGAAUUGGCUACGUCACCUUGCUAAACGUGCAGUCCAUACACUCCCAGCUCAUCAUCCUGGAUAUACUGAUUCCUGUGAUCGGCUUGGUGGCUGAAUUACCUUUCAAUGUCCGUCAGGUACUGGUUUUUGUUUCAGGCCUUGUUCUGACGCUGAACACCACAGCCAUUUUAGUGGCCAAACUGAAGUGGUUCUAUUACUCGGUGCGCUAUGUUUAUCUGCUGGUGAGGCACAUGUACCGCAUUUAUGGAUUACAGCUCCUGAUGGAAGACACGUGGAAAAGGAUUCGGUUCCCAGCCGUCCUGCGCGUGUUCUGGCUGACGAGGCUGACAGCGCAGGCUGUGGUACUGACUUACGUUGUAAAGAUGGCCGAAACUAAUACAGACGACAAGUUCUUCUUGCUGUCAUGGGAUAACUGCUGGGAACUGCUCUGCAGCCUGAUCAUAAGCGGGUGCGACUCCACGCUGACGGUGCUGGGCAUGAGUGCUGUCAUUUCCUCCAUAGCACAUUACCUGGGGCUUGGGAUCUUGGCCUUCAUCGGCUCCACUGAUGAGGAUGACAAAAGGCUGGGUUUCGUAGCACCUGUCCUGUUCUUCAUACUGGCUCUGCAGACUGGUUUAAGUGGACUGAAACCAGAAGAACGACUGGUUCGCCUGAGUCGAAACAUGUGCCUUCUGUUGACUGCAGUCCUGCAUUUUAUCCAUGGCAUGACAGACCCCGUGCUGAUGUCUCUCAGUGCCUCCCACGUGUCGUCCUUUCGCAGACACUUCCCCGUGCUCUUUGUGUCCGCUUGCCUUUUCAUCCUUCCCGUUCUGCUCAGUUACAUCCUCUGGCACCACUAUGCACUAAACACGUGGCUUUUUGCAGUUACUGCCUUCUGCGUAGAGCUUUGCCUAAAAGUCAUCGUUUCCAUCACCGUUUAUAUCCUGUUUAUGAUCGAUGGCUACUAUAACGUGCUGUGGGAAAAACUUGAUGAUUACGUCUACUAUGUUCGUUCCACUGGCAACAUCAUCGAGUUUAUAUUUGGAGUCAUCAUGUUUGGAAACGGAGCUUACACGAUGGUUUUUGAGUCGGGAAGCAAGAUCCGCGCUUGCAUGAUGUGCCUGCACGCCUACUUCAACAUCUACCUGCAAGCAAAGAACGGCUGGAAGACUUUCAUCAAUCGCCGGACUGCUGUGAAGAAAAUAAACUCGCUUCCAGAGGUGAAAGGAAGUCGGUUACAGGAAAUAGAUGAUGUCUGUGCAAUCUGCUACCACGAGUUCACAACCUCUGCUCGCAUUACUCCGUGCAACCAUUACUUUCAUGCACUUUGUCUUCGAAAGUGGCUGUACAUUCAGGACACUUGCCCCAUGUGCCACCAAAAAGUGUAUAUUGAGGACAAGGAAAAUGGCAGUCUCUCCAACAACAGUGGGUUUGUGACACCAAAUGAAAACCCCGUAGGGGUUGCAGAACCAGCUGUCGAUGCUGAAAAUGAAUUAAAUGAAGAUAACGACAGUUCUGACAGCAAUGAGGAAGAUGAAGAAUGUUUGGCACGGCACUUGAAUGAGACUCUUCAUGCAGACUCUAACUCUCUUGAUGAUGAAGAUGCCCUUUCUUUAGGAUUGGCAUCAAUGGAAUAAAAGUAUCACUUUGUAGUUAUUGUACUUAAGCACAACAGCAGUAUCUCAAUGUUGAGUCUGUGAAAGGUGGUUGUUUACUGUGGUGUGUGCUACUGUAAAUAUACCUCUGAUUUUGCUGGUCUCUUUCAUGGCCACCUUAAAAAUUAUGUACAUUAUUGUACAUGGAAUAAAACAUUUUCACAUGUUUUUAAGAAGGUUGGAAAAACACUCCUUAAUUGAUGUAGUGAUACGCUGUGCCAAAGACUGUAUACCAGUAAUCCCCAAUCGAUGAGUCCUGGAUGCAAAUGAAAGAUACUGGUGAGAAGAGCCUGUUCAGCAGGUCAAAUGAGACAAGAAAAGCCUGAACCAAAGCCGCUUUACUUACAGAUUCAGUAUUAGCAGAGCUUCCUUGUUAACAACCGGAGUUGUGGUUAUAGAAAAAAUACAAGUUUAGGUUGGUGGUCAGCGUUAAAGCAUUUGCAUAGGUGGAAUAAAGAGAAACUGCUAAGCUUGCCUGCCAAGCAGUAAAGCAUGCCAUUGUGGUGUUCCCCACUUCCCAGUUUCCAGGGCUAGCUGGAAGUGCACAGCAGCACAGUGUUUACCUGGUCACACACAGGCACACAGCAAGACUUCCUGACAGGGGCUGCCUUUGAAAUCCAUCCUCAAUCUUGCCACGAGGGGACCAGGGCUGAGAAACGGCACUGAUGCAAACCACCUGUGCAAAGCAGCUUUAAUCUUGUACCAUAAAAAACAAGCACACUACAGAUUGGCUUCUGUCGGUAAGAACUUGCAGAUACGAUCAUCUUCAGUCUUUGCAAUAUAUUUAGUGAAGUUAUGCUGAAUGAAUGUAAGAAAACCAACUUUAUACAUUUGGAAAGAAGACUUUAAUAGUGUUGUUAUAGAGAGUGUUGGCCAGCUCAAGUGGGUCAUCUUCUCUUACUGCUGCCAUGAUUUCCAGUAUUUGACUAAAAAAAGAAAGAGAUAUUAGAAAACUCUUACCAGUCAGUACUGUGUAUACUUCAGCCUGCUGCAUGUUUCUGUACAAGUCACUAAAAUUAACCUGGAAUAAAAUCCUGUGCUGAGAGCAGCAAGGCAAGGGCUUGAGAUACACAAACAGCUUCACUUUUAAGUCAUUUAAGGCCGUUCCCUUUACACUGAACACUGGUUGCUUGCUGGUACAGAUUAAUCUUUGGUCGUUUGACUCUUGUUUGGAGGCAAUUAAACAGCUUUCUGUUUCAAAGAAA